AUGGCUGCUCUUCACCGCCGAUUGAUGCUCUCUCUUCUAGUGGCACUAAUAGUAUCAUUUUCAAGCAUCGUCCAAAUGGGCCUGGCAGCUCAUCGCCACCUUCUGCAAAACGUGCCCACAAUUCCAUCUCUCCCAAAGGUCGCUUUGCCUCCAUUGCCCGCAAUGCCAAACAUGCCCCAAGCCACGUUGCCGCCGCCGCAACCCACCACCACCACCACUCCUCUGCCGGCGAACCCAUCCUUGCCAAAGCCCACUUUGCCGCCUCUCCCCAAUCCAACACUGCCAACCAUUCCUAAGGUGGUUCUGCCUCAGAUGCCGGCGGCUACUUCACUGCCCGCAAUUCCUUUUCCUUCAAUCCCAACAACAAUGCCCACAAUUCCGUUUCCUUUUCCUUUUCCUUUCCUUUAUCCGCCUCCAUCAAACUAG